AUGGCCAGAAAUCUAGGAUUUCUGGUUCUAGCUUUGUUUGUUGCAUCGAUCUGUGAGGCCGCAGUUUUUACUCCGAUCUCCGAUUCUCACCGAUCUGCUGCAUUGGAAUUGUUCGCCGCAACCGAUGGAUCUCUUCAGAGCUUGGAAGAAACAUAUGAGGCCCUGAGAACAUUUGAGGUUCUUGGGAUUGAUAAGAAGUCUGAGAUAAAGACUUCCACUUGUAAAACUGUGGAUGAUACUCUUUGGUCUGCUUCUUCUGCUCCCAAGGAUUUGUUUCAGGCGUUAAGAGUAAAUGGGAUACUGAAAUGUGAUCUCAACGAUGAAGCCUUUACGGGUAUUGCUUCGCGACUUAAAGAUUCUGUUCGUGAUGCGAGCACUCUUCUCGACUUUUACUACUCAAUUAGUAGUCUGAUGCUUAUUAAGGGUCAGACGUCUGAAGUUGAUGUAAAGCUUGAAGAUGCUGAUGGGGUAUUCCGUGCAAUAAAGGCUCUUAGUCAGAGUGAUGGAAGGUGGCGUUUUAGUACCAACAACCCAGAAUCUAGCACUUAUGCUGCAGGAUUAGCUCUUGAAACACUGGCUGGAGUUAUUUCGUUGGCUUCUCAAGAAAUCGAUCAGUCUCUGAUUGAGUCUGUGAAGAAAGAUGUACUAAAGCUCUUUGAUGCCACCGAAAAAUAUGAUGACGGGUCGUGCUACUUUGUUGAUGCUCAAGGAAGUGAGGGUCCUAUUUCAGCUUCCUCUGCAGUUAUCCGCGGAAUAACAUCACUUGCAAGCUCUACUUCUGAAAGCCUAAAUCUUUCUGGUGACAAAAUAAUGUGUCUUGCAAAAUUUUUCCUCGGUAUCGGAAUCCCUGGAAGUUUCAAAGACUUGUAUUACCAAGUUGAUGCACUGGCUUGCUUGGACAAAAAUGGCGUUUCCGUACCUUUGAUAUUGUCGCUUCCAGCGUCUGUGCUUUCAGUGACUCAAAAGGACCAACUUAAGGUUCGAGUGAACACUGUUCUUGGAUCACCGGCGCCACCUCUAUCAGUUAAGCUCAUGCAGAUCUUUACCUCCGGUUCAAAGGAUGCUUCCAUCAUUGACCAGGAAUUAAAGUUUGAUCCAGCAACUGGGUUGCAUGUCUUGGAGACUUUGCCAGAGAGCAUAGAUAUUGGGUCCUAUACUUUCAGUUUUGAGAUUUUGCUUCGUGACCCCGAACAUAAAAAAACCUAUGCAACUGGAGGUCGAACAAAACUGCCAGUGUAUGUAACAGGUGUUGUUGAUGUUGAUCAAGCAGAAAUCAUCAUACUUGACAGCGAUCUUGGGAGUGCAGAGACUAAGAAAAAAAUAAAUGUGAACGGUGAAAAUUCUUUUGCGUUAUCAGCUAAUCAUCUUCAGAAGCUAAGAUUGACAUUUCAGCUGACAACUCCUUCUGGAAACGCUUUUAAGCCUCACCAGGCAUUUCUCAGAUUGAAGCAUGAGAGUGGAGUCGAGCAUCUUUUCCUCGUCGGGAACUCUGGGAAAAAGUUUGAGAUAAUAUUGGAUUUUCUGGGACUUGUGGAGAAGUUCUUCUAUUUGUCAGGAAGAUAUGACAUUCAACUCACAGUUGGUGAUUCCGUCAUGGAGAACUCAUUCUUUCAGCCUCUUGGCCAUGUUGAACUAGAUCUACCAGAAGCACCAGAAAAGGCAGCUCGUCCUCCUCCUCCACCUGUUGAUCCUAUCUCAAAAUAUGGUCCCAAAGCUGAGAUCACUCACAUUUUCAGGUCUCCAGAGAAGAGACCACCUAUGGAGUUGUCAUUUACAUUCUUGGGACUUGUUCUUUUGCCAUUUUUAGGGUUCUUGAUUGGGCUUCUUGUGUUAAGGGUGAAUCUGAAGAACUUCCCCUCAGCGGCAUUGCCUGCAGUCUUUGCAAUUGCUUUCCACUUGGGAAUUGGAGCAGUUCUUUCCCUGUACUUUGUCUUUUGGUUGAAGGACCCUUUCCCACCUUGCCUCCACAUCGGCAAAGUUGAAAUCCUCUUGAUGAAUCCAAGUAUCAAAUCUUCAGCUAUUUGGAGGACCGGACCGGUAGUUUCCUUAUAUACUCGUUCAGACGUCAUAAUUCCGAUGGAACCAUCGACAUCAAAGCCAUCAACAGGCAGGAAACGUCAGCGAGAGCAGGAGGUUUCUUCACCGGAAAAUCAUACUGCCGGCGAUAAUCUCAUUUUCAGCGAUACAUCGGUGGCACUUCAGAUGAUGCGUUCUCAAUUCCCUCGCAUUGAUAAGGUUUCAAUUCAGCCUUUUAUUUUAAGAUCACAGUUAUACAGCAGCAUCAAGGAUAGGACACAAGUAGAUAGGGAGCUCGAGAAUUUGAAGAGAGAGAUGGUAAUACGCAUUUUUAAGUUAAGUACUGGACAAGAUGAUCAUGCCAUAAUGUUCCUCGAUGACUACCACAGUCAGAUUGAACGAGCUGUCAAGAGACUUAAUGCAAAGAAGCAAGAUGAUCUGGUAGUUUUUGAAUGGUUUAAAACACACGUCCUUCCAUCCAAACCAGAUCCCAGUAUUGGACAUCAAGAACUCCAUUCACUCCUCUCAGUAGCAGGAAAGGUAAAAGAGGAACACAUCUCUCUUAUAAUUAAUGCUGGCCUCCUGACUCGGCAACUUAUUGACCCCAACAUGUAUUGGUUUGCCAUUCCGAAUAUUGGUUCAAUCCUUAAGGGUCUUACUCAGGGAAGAAAGGAGCUUUUGUCUUUUCUGAAUCGUAGGAAGUACAAAGAGAUGAUGCUGUCUCUGUUAGAAAAGAAACGCCUACGCUUUUCUCUGCUGGAUAUGAGAUUUCACCUCAGGGAUCUGAUUGGUUCAGGUGGGAUGAUUGGUUACGGUGAAUUCGUCGCUAUUAUUUACAAAGGCAAUGGUGGCAUUUGGAUGGUGGUCAAUGCGAAACAUUCUCAAUAA